AUGGAGGAGGAGAAACGAAGCCCUCAGCCUGCUGAUGUCAAAUUCGGCGAUCGCGACGACGGAGAUGCAGCACUCGACCUCGAUGCCGGGGGAGAGAUGCCAGUGCACCGGCGGAACUACACCAGUGGAACGCCUGACAGUGGCACAACCCUAGACGCCCCUAGCGAAGCAGGCGACGAGAAGGACGCGUCCGUGCCAGUGCCGCUACAACCCGCCAACAAUGACACGACCAGUCCACCACCCAGGCCGGCACUGCAGGAACGCACCAUGACCUACGCCUCGAAUGCCUCGGGGCUGAGGGAGCUGCCUCGGUUGAAACGAAAGGAGACAAAAAUGAUGCAGAAAGAGGCGCAUCCAAUGCAGCAUCUCGGCAUUACACUCGGGUUGCCGGCUAUUCUGAUCUUCGACAUCGUGGUACCGUGCAUCAUCUACUACACGUGGUGGAACCGCCAUAAUCGCCAAUGGAAAAGGCAAUGUCGGGAGCAACAUGGCAGCCUCCCUCGAUCACAGUGUCCGAUCCCCAAGCCGGAAUACGACGAAAAUAUCCUCGGCUACGCAAUCAUUUCAUUUGGUGCCGGCGAACUCUGGAUCUUGAUAGCAAGGGUAUAUCGGCUUUUUGUCCACACCGAGGACUGCGCGCCUUUGUUGUCAAGGAGCAGGUGGGAGCUAGAUGCCACGUCCUGGGUAUAUGGCGUCGCCAUGAUUUUGGCCUUGAUCCCUUUCGUUGUCGGCAGCUCCUUGGUCAAGCCGCAUCUCUACCUCUAUUCGCCGACAUUUAUAAUGGGCUUCCUCGGCAUGUUGAUGCUCAUAACAGAGCUCUUCCCCUUCGUGAAGAUCCCGGUUGGGAUAAACUCGCAGCCUCGAGGCACGAAGCUGCGACCAUUCAUUUACUACGCUGCCGAAGAUUUCAUUGCUGUCGACGGACUGCAGGACCGCGAGUUUCGUGUCCGUUACAACGACCGAUACGAGAACAAUAAGGCUUUUCGGAAUAUGUUUCGAUACUUGACUUGGUGGUGGCUGUUCGGGGUGUGCGUUUAUAUCGGGAGCGUGUCCGCCGUCAUCUGGACCUUGGAGUUCCACUACGCGUUUGGGCUGUCGUUGGGGGUCCUGUUCUCGUACAUUGCCAUCUGGGCGGCUGUUUCUUAUAUGUGGGUGAAGAUGGAGAUUGAUCGGGAGCACAAGGCGUUUGAGGAGGGCAGGUGGGAGCCAUAG